AAAUUCAUUAUUAUUGCCAAACUAGGGAAGUUCUCGUACUAUCACGUUUGACCUCUCGCUGCUUCUCGCAACAAAAACAAACUCGCAAAGUAUACGUGUUACUUUGAUUUUAUCAAUUUUCGUCUAUUCACAGCAACAUGAAGUGGUUUGAGGGCUCUAUUCCAGACGCCAUCAGUCAUGCAAAAUCUACAGAGUCAUUGAUUAUUGUCUAUAUUACAGGUGUGGAUGAUAUAUCAAAGAAUAUGGACAAAACAUGGGAAGAUGAGGCUGUGUCUGAAAGAUGUGAAAAACAAUGUGUUGGACUUAAGCUACAAGCAAACAGUGAAGGAUCUGCCCAGUUCUGUCAGAUUUAUCCAGUAUUAACUGUACCAUCUUGCUACUUUAUUGGUGAGAAUGGUGUUCCAUUAGAGGUCCUUGCUGGGUUUUUAGAACCAAAGGUUCUACUUGAAAAACUGAGGAAUGUCAGUGAGAUGUUCAAAUCUCAGAAAACUGCUUCUGGUGCUAGUGCUACUGCUCAGACUCCCCCUGAUACCACUUCAAAGCAAGUUGAGAGUCCCCCUACUACAUCAUCAGCAAACAUAUCACCUCCCACAAAUGACAACAUCGUAACUCCACCUGUAGAGGCUGCUUCUGCAGAUGCUGCCACUACCCCAGUAGCUAAUAGUGCUGAAUCACCUCCUGCAGAUGAUACAACAGAACCAACACAAAGUCAAGCAUCUGCAUUAAGUAAAGAAGAGAAGGUUGAAAGAGCAAAACAGUUGAUUCAACAGAAGCAAGCAGAAAAGGCCCUCAAAGAGAAAGAGGAAGCAAAGCAGAGAGAGAUUGAGCGUAGGAAGCAAGGACAAAGUGUUGGGAAACUGAGAGAGUGGCAACGGGACAGAGAACAGAAUGACAUUAAAGAACAGCUACGGAAAGAUAAAGAGGAUGCCAGGCUUGCCAGAGAACGAGUGAAAGCACAAAUUGCUAGAGAUAGGGCUGAGAGAAGUGAAAAAUAUGCCAAAGAGAAGUCUAUAAAGGAGAAAGAAAUUCAAGAACGAGUGCAGGCGAGGCAGGCCAAUGAGGAGGCUACAUCAGCCAUAGACCAGGCAAAAAGAAGAGAAACUGCUCGACUACAAUUCAGGUUACCAGAUGGAUCCUCAGUCAACCAGAACUUUCCCUCCAGUCAGCCAUUGUCAACAGCUAGAGAUUUCAUAGCCGAGCAAAUUCAAAACAGAAUACCACAAUUCACCAUGGCAACCACUUUUCCAAGAAGAGAAUUCACACAAGGAGAUAUGAGCCAGAGCUUAUUAGAUCUGCAACUUGCUCCAUCAGCAGCCAUCGUUAUUUUACCGGGAUCUGGCAAUACUUCAGUUUCAAAAUCUACAUCAACAUCUAGCUGGUUCAUGAUACUACUGGCACCUUUUAUUGCAAUAUGGACAUUCCUUACAAAUUUAUUAUUUGGUGCCCCACCAUCCCCUCGAGGAGCAUAUAAUCAGCAACAGUCUUCUCCUAGUAGUGAACCUACAACUACACAACAAAAUGCUUACAAAAGACCUGGUGGUGGAAAACAAUCUGGUGUGAGUAGAAGAGAAGGAAAUAUCCACAGGUUUUCCUCGGAGGAUGAUGAUGAAGAUAUGUCAACAUACAAUGGUAACUCAACUCAACAGCAGUAACAACAUGUUCAGGAUCUUGUGCAGUGAUGGAAGUGUGGACAUUUGCACCAGAAGUACCAUUGUAUGUUCAAGAUUUACUAUAAAUUGUUACAUUAGCUUGAUGCUUCAUGAGGGACGUGGAGGGGAAAUUCCCCAGGACCCAUUGUUAAUAUUUUGCACCAGGCAUGUAUUAACCAAACUUCGUUGUGAAAUGAAGGAAAAUGUUUAAAAACAUUCUGAAAAACAUACUUAGAACAUUGCUUGUCUAAUCAGGAGUACAAUUUUAAAAUUUGGACUUUGUAAAGUCAAUGCUUGUUUUUUACUCUGACCAAGUUGUAAAUUCCCAGAGUAAAAUGGCAGUUUGUAAUCACAGUUCAUCCAUGUUAAAUUGCUUUGUAAAAGCAUUAUAGGUGAAAGUUAUUUGAUCCAUGUAUACUAGAUUACUAGUGGGGUAGCAGCACAGUGGUGAUAUUGUCUGAUCAGGAAAAUGGAAAACUGUUGGUUGCUUGAUGUCAUGUAACAGUAUAAUGACACAAAAUAUAUCAUAGCUAUUUUUCUAAUUUUAAAAACCAGCCCAUCAUUAAAAAUGCUUACACUUUUGUCAUUUGUGUACAAGGGACAGUUUA